ACUAUAAAUUUUGCAGUGCUGAUUCAUUUUGUACUGAUAAAAUGAAUUACAUGGGAAGCAAAUAUGAAGGUCAUUACAAAAAUGAGCGAAUGGAAGGCAAAGGAACCUACAUUUUACCUACUGGAACCCGUUACGAAGGAGAGUUUAAAAAUGGAAUGUUUCAUGGUAACGGGAAAAUGAUUUUUCCAAAUGGUGGAAUCUUCGUAGGAGAAUGGAAUAGCGGAAAAACUACCACAGGAUGCUUUACAUUUGCUGAUGGCCUUCAAUACAGUGAAGAAAACUGGACCUACUGUCAAUAUCCCGACAGAAGAUUUUGGUCCGAAAUCUGCAACGGUUUGAAACCAGCAGGCAAGUAG